AUGGCUGAAAAGUUGGACGAGCUAAAAGCGCACUUGCUGCAAGAUGUUCAAGGUCUUGAAGAAGGAGAUAAAGAUGUGGAUGAUCUUGACUCUGGAGCAUAUGGAUUUGUCUUCAAAUUCGUUGAGAAACGUAAAAACAUCCCGAUAUCAAUCAAGGUAUCCAUUUUGCUCGACAUUUCUUACGGUCUACUGUACCUCCACAAUCAAACUCCACCUCUUAUACAUCGUGAUCUGACAGCACCGAAUAUUCUCCUGACUGAAGAUUGUCGAGCCAAAAUUGCUGAUUUGGGAGUAUCGAAGUUUCUCACUGACCCUCAUAUUAUCAAGCAAACAAUGGCCCCUGGAAAUUUAUCCUACAUGGCUCCGGAAACCAAUAUCGUACAUUUUGUGGGUGUGUGUUAUGGAAAAUCCAAGAGUGAUCUGAUGCUUGUUAUGGAGCGAUUGAAAAGUGAUCUUGCUACGUUCGUUGAGAAACGUAAAAACAUCCCGAUAUCAAUCAAGGUAUCCAUUUUGCUCGACAUUUCUUACGGUCUACUGUACCUCCACAAUCAAACUCCACCUCUUAUACAUCGUGAUCUGACAGCACCGAAUAUUCUCCUGACUGAAGAUUGUCGAGCCAAAAUUGCUGAUUUGGGAGUAUCGAAGUUUCUCACUGACCCUCAUAUUAUCAAGCAAACAAUGGCCCCUGGAAAUUUAUCCUACAUGGCUCCGGAAACCAAAAUCAAGAAUCCUCAGUAUAAUACAAGUAUGGACAUUUUCUCAUUUGGUCAUCUUGUACUCCACACCUCGAUUCAAAGUUGGCCAGAAACGUUUCGAGUCACCAAUUUUCGUAAAGUGGAGCCUGGUAAAAUGGAGAUUGCUGAGAGAAAAGAUGUCCUUGAAGAACAAAUGACUAAGAGUCACCCUCUCUACCAACUUGCGAUCAACUGUCUGCAAGAUGAGCCGAAGCUUCGACCCUCAACAGCUUACCUGAACAAGACUCUCAAUCAGCUCAGUACGAAGCACCCAAAGUCCCCAGGGGAUGUUGCAUCCAUCCUCGAAGAGACAAGCUCUGAUGAGCUGACUCCCUACAUCCUACCACAUCUCCCUGAGCUCGGUGAGCAACAUGGCGCUGGGUCGUACGGAUCUCUCUACCACAUCCAUUUGAAUGGGAUGAAUUGCAUUGCUAAGCAAUCUCAUGUCAACUUGAUAGAGAAUAAAGAAGACAGACGAGCUUUCUACCAGAAGUUCUAUUCUGAGUGUGUGUUACUGAGUCGAAUGCGUCACCCCAACAUUGUCCAGUUUAUGGGUGUGCACUAUGGGCCACAGAGAGAUUACGGGAGAGAGCUCACACUAGUUAUAGAGCGUCUGUACAUGAAUCUCGAGAUCUGCCUGGAGCAAUAUAAAAAUAUUGAAAUGUGGUUAAAAGUAUCGAUUCUUCUGGACAUCUCCCAAGGCAUGCUACACCUUCAUUCUCGGGGUAUUGUUCACUGUGAUCUGGCAGCUCACACCACUCUCCUCACUACUAGCUUCCAUGCUAAAAUUGCUGACCUUGCUGUUUCACAAAUCAUUGAUGCCCACCCUACCUCUAAACAGAUAAGGGGUCCCGGCGCACUCGGAUAUAUGCCCCCUGAGGCACUGACUGAGAAUCCGAAAUAUGGCUAUGCUUUGGACGUCUUCUCUUUUGGUGUACUAAUUCUUUAUGUUCUUCUACAAGAGUAUCCACAAUUUAUGCACUAUGAGAAUCUAGUGACAGCCACUGGUAUUCAACGGAAGGAAGUUCAGAUACAAAAGCGAAUGAAAUGGAUUGGCAAACUAUCUCCAGAAGAUCUAAUGAGACAACUAAUCUGCCGUUGUCUUCAAGACGAGCCUCAAAGACGACCAUUAUCUCAAGAGCUCAACUCAACUCUGAUUCAGUUUGCAAAGCAGUUCCCGAAGCCAUUCGUGGAUACUAUUGAAAUGCAAAGGAACUCAAAACCCACGGCUCCACCCAUUCCACUUCCAAUCCAUGACAAAGUAUUAUAAUGAUCAUGUAAUUAUAGAUCUGUAUACAUGUAGUAGAUAUAACCUCUACCUUUUUGCAGAUCGAACACUGUUCGUGUUUACAUAUUAUACAUGUGUGCCUUUGAUUUUGUGUACUGUAAUCAUUUUGGGAGGUCUUGGUUUUAUUAUAGUAAAAUAAAGGUUGUUGAGAGGGGAGGUUGUUGUCAUCUUAGC